AUGGCCACCACCGAGGCUGGGGUAUUAGCCACGAUAUGGGUCCUCUUCGCCCUCUCCACGACAUUCCUCGGCCUGCGCCUCUGGUGCCGCCAGCACUACGCCGCGGGCUUCUGGUGGGACGACCACGUCCUGCUAGGCGGCUGGGGCUGCAUCGUCGCGGCUAACAUCUCUGCGUCCGUGUACCUAGCCGCGACACCUGACGAUGGGAAUUUCAGCCUUCUCUUCGCCAAGGUCGCAGCUGCGAUCGCGUGCGCGCUCACCAAGACCGCAUUCUGUGCCACGAUCCUGAGGUUGCUGAACCCGGGACAUCACCCAGCGUGGAGGUGGCUUGUCUGGUAUCUCAUGGUGUCUUUCAACCUGGCGACUAUCCUGCUGGUCAUCCGGCAGUGGGCUAGGCAGUGCGUGUUCGACUACGAAGACGGCGAUGUGCGGUUGACAAACCCGUUGGGCAAAGGAUUCCCGAAAUGGUUUGUUGUGUCAAUGGGCCUCGACAUCAUCGAGCCCCUUUUAACCAUCGUUGCGCAAUCAAUACCCAUACUCCGCGUCCUCGUCCGCGAUAGAGCUACCGGCUACGAGAGCUCAAAAUACGUGACGAAUCUGAAGGACGGGAGCUCGAGCUACGUGAGCAAUCUGAAGUCAAAGGCUGAGCGCUACACGUCGAGUCUCAGCCACAAGUCCCGUCUUAGCCGCUCGAAGCUGGAGUCUAGGUCAGCAGGGAUUGAUGACUCGUGGGAACAGAUACCGAGUCCUGCUAGUCAGAAUUUUCGACGCCGUAGUGUUGUGGCGUUGUAUGAGAUGGAGCCUGUCAGGCCGUACCCGGCCGUGUCAAGUAUGCUCGACACGCAAUUCGGCGACCUGAAAGAGGAAUGGGCCAAUUGA